AUGAAUAAAGGCAAUUCCUCUACUGAAGAAUUCAACGCGGAAGAUAUAAGAAACCUGGCCAUCUUACAACAAGAAUCAAGAAAUUUAUCUUCUAAAAAUACAGAUGGGGACACUAAUAACAAUGAGAUAUACGAUACUCCCUACGAACAACAGAAGCACCAACAAGACGAUGUAACACAACUGGACCUUCAACAACAUGAAUUGCUUGGUGUAGGGGAAGACGGCGAAGAUGAUGAUGACGAGUAUGAUGUAUUCAGAAACGUCGGAUUGGGUUUGACAGGCCAUUAUAAGGAAAUUAUGAUCCAAUAUUGGCAAGAAUUGAUUAACGAAAUUGAAGCUACUAACGAACCAGGUUCCAAAUUUCAAGAUGAUUUCAAAUCCAGUUCUUUACCCUUUGCAAGAAUUAGGAAAGUCAUGAAGACAGAUGAAGAGGUAAGAAUGAUUAGUGCAGAAGUACCUAUCAUCUUUGCUAAAGCUUGCGAAGUCUUUAUUACAGAAUUGACUAUGAGAGCUUGGUGUGUCGCUGAAAAUAAUAGAAGACGAACGUUACAAAAAGCAGACAUUGCAGAAGCUUUAAAGAAAUGUGACAUGUUUGAUUUCUUAAUCGAUAUCGUCCCAAGGGGAGAAGAACAGCAAUAA